AUGUCUGCACUCAUGGAGUGUCCCCCUGAGGCCACUGAGAUUGCGCAGUGCUGCGCGGCGAUCAAGGCGGCAACGCCGCUGACAUUGUCCACUCCGCUAGCUGUGGCGGAGUCGCAGCCUACGGGUGGUUCUACUAUGCGACCGAAAAGGCCAGCGCACCAUGACGCCAGCGUCACAUCUCAAUUGAUGGGCAAAGGCGGUCCUACAACGUUCACGCACUCCUUCUUGGAGGCCGUUCUGAACGGUCGAGCGAAGACAACGCGCGCGUUGGCCCCUGGCACGCCACUGGCGCACACCGACACGACGUCUGGCACAGCAAUCUCUUUCUCGGGACUAGCGUCGCACACCGGUAGUCCAGGCAACGGCGCUCGUGCUGGCCAGCGCAGCGCGUCCCCUGGCGCCGCCACUGCUGCCAAAGCGACCGAGAAGCCGUCAGCGCAGCCAUCCGCCCCUAAGCCGCUGGGGCUGGUGCCGGCCGACACGGGCACCAUUCCGCAGCUACUGAGUGUUCUGCGUGAGAUAGCGCUCUCAUGCGCGUCGCUGGACACCCUCGACAAGGUGGCAGGUGGGUCGGCGUCCUUUUUAAGAGGCGCAGACGCUGCACCUUUUCAUACAAAGCCACGGAGCGCCGCCAGCGCUCUGGUCACAGCGGCCGCUGCACCCGGCGCAGGUACUGGUGGGGCCGGCGCCACCUCUGGCGGUCGCUCGGCAGCACCACCCAUGGCGAUUGCCACCGCACAUCCUUCACACGACCUCGGGAUCACGGAAGAAGAGCGCUGGCAUCGCGUAUGUGCCCACUUCGAAGUGCUGCGCGGGCUUGUUCGGAACGAGCACGAGCUGACGUGUGCGCUGGACGAGGUGCUCGGCGUGGAAUGGCGCGGCGUGUCAACGCCGCCGUACCUGCAUGCGUACGAGGAGGGCGCUGCUGUGGCGCCGAGUGCGUCGCCGGCAGUGUCGGCGGAUGGGCUGCACAUUUCUCCCGCGGCAACUCUCUUAGGUGCACCAGCCGCUGCGGCUGCACGGUCGUUUGCUCCUGUGACCCCUGCACCAGCUGAUCACGAGACGCCACCAACCCCGUCCUUCUCCGCUGGCUCUGUGCCUGGCGGGGCCGGCAUGCCGAGGACAUCCACCGCUGGUACUUCUUCUGCCGUUACUCCCACGCCGACCACGACCAGCUCACACACCGGCACGAAUGUCACCGGUGUUGUCGGCGUGAAAUCUGCUGCGUCGCCAGGGACGACGCUUAGCUACAACACGCCCCCCUUCCAAAGCCGCACCCCGCCCAGUGUGCAGAAGCAGCGAAGCGCCUUGUUUGCUUCGGCAGCACCGAUUCCGGUUGCACACAGCCCGGCUGCCACCGCGAAUGAUGCAGCCUCCUCCUCGAUGAAGCAGCUGUCCGAGAGCAGCUCAACGUACUCGCCGUCGCAGCACGUUGCCAUGAUGCUGGAUCGCGGCACGACGCCGCCGCCGGCGUCUCGCACACAGGAUGAAGGCGAGGCCGGUCUUGUCAACUUUCCUUCGACGCCGUUGUCUGAGGCAGCAGCGCCGUAUCAGCCCUCAGCAUCGCUCAUGAACACUAGCCCGCACGGCGGCAACGCGUCCACGUCGAACAGCGCGCCGUUUCACCUGGAGACACGCGAGGAGAUGCUGCGGCGCCGCAGUGCGGCACCGAACGCAUUUUACGCUUCCGUAUCGCACAGAGGCGCCACGCGUUUUGCUGGCGGCCCUCCCAGCGCGGCAACGACCCCAGGCACGUUCAUGUCGUCCUCGCUGGUGCCGGGCGUCCCGCCAUUCUCGCUCAACGGCGGUGCUGGUGGGGCGCGCAGCGUGCCGGUGUCGCCGCUGAUGUCGUACUCCUCGCCGCUCGGCGCCUUGCCAUGCCCGUAUGAGUAUCUGCUUGUGCUGGACUUCGAGGCCACCUGCGAGGAGCACCCGCCGCCCAACUACCUGUACGAGAUCAUCGAAUUCCCGGUGGUGGUCGUCGAUGCACGACUGCAGCGUGUCGUGGCGGAGUUUCACCGAUUUGUGCGCCCGCGAUACAAGAGAGAGCUCAGCUCGUUCUGCAAGAAGCUGACCGGGAUGCGGCAGGAGGACGUGGACACAGCGGCGUCGCUGGAGGAGGUCAUCCGGCAGUUUGAGCGCUGGCUCUCCCACACGCUGCCGCCACACGCCCGCUGCAUGUUCGUGACGGAUGGCCCGAUGGACUUGCGCGAGUUCAUGUACUAUCACAGCGUUUCACGCCAAGGCAUCCGCUUCCCCUCGCUCUUCUACCAGUUCAUCGACGUGAAGCAGACCUUUGCCUGUUUCUUCCGGUGUUCGCAGGGGAAGAUCAAGGCGAUGCUGGAGGUGAUGCAUCUGCCCUUUGAGGGGCGGCUGCAUAGCGGGCUCGACGACGCGCGCAACAUCGCGUCCAUCGUGAUUGGUCUCCUUCACCAUGGAUGCAGUUUCUGCGAGGUGCCAAUAAACCGCCUGCCGUUCAAUGGACUGCUGCUGACCGGAGCGAACAGCGGGAGCGGAUCGACACCCCUCUUACUACCACCCUCGACGGCGCCCGCCACAUCCUGCCACACACGAUCGUCCGAGGCGUCACCCACAACCAUCUCUGCUCCCUACCCCGUGAGCGACGACGACAACUCUCGCUAG